GCAUAUAAUACAUAGGUGCGUAGAGACGGGUAAAUUCCAUUUCCAAAAAAGGUAUUUGAACAAAUAUGCUUAGACGCUGUAAUCGCAAAAUAGGUCAAGGAUGCCGUUCAUAGUGUAGUAUAUAUACUUUCAUCAGUAUAUACACGAGUAUAUUGAUAUACAUCUUCCGCCAAGUGUAAUAUAAAAUUCUGAAAACAUGCCUAUGACUGAUCCUAAGACCGGAAAGAUGUUUAAAGAUGAACUCGAUGGGUACAAACUAUCCGGAUGUGGACCUCGACAGAAAAAGAUUUUUUUUGUCAACGUCAACGUGUAUGCCGUCGGCCUCUACCUUGAUAGUGCCGAGGUCUCCGAAGCGUUUAGUGACAUGAAAGGCAAGAAGCUCAAAGAUUUCCAGAUGGAGAAUUUCUACACGAAAUUCUGCAAGGCGAAAAUCAACAAGAAGGUCGCCAUGAUUAUUGCACGCAACCUGACGCCGGCACAGCUUAGCGGCGGAUUGGCUGAAGGACUAAAACCUCGGAGUAAGGACAAGGCGAAUGUCGACAAGCUAGAGGAUAUGCUCAAGGAUGAAACAUUCAAUGACGAUUGCCGUGUCACCUUCACUGUUUCGAAGGAAGGCGUAUUCACCCUCCAAGUAGACGACAAGAAGUGGGAUCCUUGGGAUUGUCCCGACCUCUGCAAUGCGAUCACUGGCGUUUUCUUCGACCACAAUUGCAUUUCACCUGAGGCCAGGAACGGCAUGAUGACAAACAUGCCAUCACUCGUCGUUUAGAACUCCUCAAUGAAAAUGUUCUCUUAAACGUCUAACCCCUGGCCCGCAAUAAGCAAGCGCGUGUACGAGAGUGAUAGAGCACAUCAUUUGAGCUUGUGUAAGUUUUUAUGAUUGAGACCGCACAUUGUAGUCUAUGAAUAUUUGAAUAAAGAUGUACCCUUUCGAGUCAUGUUGCUAUAGAGAAUAACUGGUU